AUGAAACAAGACCCAUCAUUCACGCAUGCGAAAGCGACACACAAACAAUCGGGUGGCAAGCAAGCGCCCGGGAACAAUGCGACAACUAGUCGGCGACAUGUAAAUGCUGUCGACGAAGCAGCUACAUUGAGAGCCAAGGACGAGCAAAUGAUGCAAAAUGCUCUUCAAAAUCUCCAACUUCGGUAUCGCAUCUACAAUCCCGAGAUUGAGCCCGAACACGAAACCGAAAAUCCAUGCAGCUGCCCCAUCCAUCAGUACCAGCGCAUGAAAAGGAGUCGUCGCAAUGUCCUGGAACAAUGGUCUGCUGCAGUCAUGUACCCUGGCGAGAAGGUAUACAACGACUUCAUCCCAAGGACCCCUUUGUUCAGCAACAAUCCUUACCUGCUUCGCAUCACGUCACCAUACGGCUUUGGCGGCUCAUCAUGGUCGAGGUCGCAUCCUCAGCCAAGCUACCAUGUCAAGUUCAUUCAUCAGACUAUUCAGCUGAACAACUCGCUGAACCAUGAGGCUCAGAGGAAAGUCGAUGCAUUAGAGCCAAGGAACAGUAUCUGGGAAGACAGAGUACCUGAGAUGGCGAUGUCGCAGUUGUUUGUAACCUCGGAAAAGGAUAAAUUGCACAAUGGCAACGACGACAUCAAGGGUUGUCCUCCGGAAAAAGGAAAACUACCACCGACAUCGCGAAACAAUGAUUUGCCCGAAUCUACCAAGGUGUCGAGAUUUUCUGCGUUCAGGAAAGCUGUAGGAAUCAAGUCUUCGGAGGAGAGAGCUGUUGCAAAGACCGAAAAAGAGUAUAACAAAGGUCUCGAAACUCGGAACAACAUACUCCAAGAGGAAGCAGCUCGUUGGCCAGAUCACGACACCCGACAGAUCGUGGCAGCCUAUCAGAACAAAGUUGGCAUGGAAACAAAGAUCGCUCACCUCCGCGCUUGUCAACCUUUGCAGUAUCUCCAUCUACUGCGGGCAGGUUAUUUCGAGCCAAUACCUGUGGCUUGGGCAGAUCAACCAUCGAACAUCCUCACGUUCAGCAUUGAGGCUGCUGGUGGAUGGCGAGGAAUCACACCUUCCUGGCGAGGAUACGAAGACACCGCGGAAGAGCGCUUGUACUGGGUUUUGAACCAUCGCGAAGGUCCAGCCGGUGUACGUAUGAAGCCCGACUUUAUCUCAGAGAUGAACAUGGCUCGCGAUCGCAUGGCCAAAGCUGUUGAGCCACCACCAGACUACUAUUCCGCCAACGAUACCUGCCACUUGCAGCACACCUCCGAAGGUUACUCGAAGCAGGUCAUGCCGCCACCGUUCAGGUCCAGCGAUAGACCCGAAGUCCCUACUGAUGAUACCAUGAUUUUGCUUGAUGUCUCUGGCUCCAUGGACUUUGAUCCUCUCCGACCGAAUUACGAUCAAUACCUUAUCACAGGCUACUCUCAUUCCACGCAGCCCAAGAACAAAGAUGUCGCCAAAGCUGUCAUCCGUCGCUUUAUUGACGCGAUGGCGAACCACGAUCACGAAUUUCGCGGCUACGACCUCGUCACCUUCUCAAGCCAUGCCAAAUUCGCCGGCACUGUCAAUCACACGAACCUUGAUGCGACAUGGGACAAGGUCAAGAUCGGUGGAGGCACUCGUGUCAUGACCGGCUGGCAGAGAGUCAAACAACGACACUUUGAAAAGCAUUCCGAGUCUGCUAUUUAUCACCCGAUUUACGGAUGGCAAGCAGGUCCGGAAACUCCCAUGCUUCGGCUGCUUCUCCUCCUUGACGGCGAAGCAACGGAUAUGGACGAGUUUGAACUUGAAUUGCUGGGUUUGUCGUGGGCGCAUGUCACGAUCUUCCUUAUCGGAGUCGACGGAUGUCCGCAUCAUCACCGACAUGCAAAUGAAUUGCAGCGCAUCAGUGAUGUGAAUCAUCACGUCUCAUUUGUGGACGCGCAAGGCAAUACCCCAGAGAGAUUCGUCACGCAUGAGUUGUUGAAGAGGCAUCUGGGGUAUGAUUUGUCCAUGUCCGAAUUUCAGGAGUUGGAAGAGCUGCCUCCGUAUGUUGAGUGA